AUGGCUGUUCAGAACAGGAAGAUUUUCUCUGACGAGAAAGGCAAACUGGAGGAGGCAGAGUUAUCGAACACCCUGACGGAGAUCACUGCGGAACACAACAGUGUCAUACAGACAAAUACCACCGAGAGCAAAGACAGCCACACCUCAUGCGUGGGCUCAGCAAAGGUCCGAGUGGAUACGGGUCUGACAAACAUGGGUGUGCUACAGCUCCACAAUCCCACUCACCCCAGCACGCUUCUGCAGCGGGCCAAUCAGAUGCGUCUGACCGGCACCUUGUGUGAUGUCAUCAUCACGGUGGACGGCCAGGAGUUCCCGGCGCACCGCACCAUCCUGGCGUGCACCAGCAAAAUGUUCGAGAUCUUGUUCCACCGCAGCAGCCUGCGCUACGCCCUGGACUUCCUGUCCCCCAAGACCUUCCAGCAGAUCCUGGAGUACGCCUACACCGCCUCGCUCCAGGCCACAGCCGAGGACCUGGAUGACCUGCUGUACGCCGCUGAGAUCCUGGAGAUCGAGUACCUGGAGGAGCAGUGCCUCAAGGUGCUGGAGACCAUCCAGGCGGAGCAGAGCGAGGAGGUGGCGGUGAGGAAUCACAGCUCCGGAGACCACAGUGACCAUAGCCGGGCCAGGCACUGGAGGCACAUGUUGAUGUCCAAGAAGCAUUCCAUACAGGAUGGACCCAACCGCACCACUCCCACUGCGCUACACCACCUGGCGCUGUACCACAUGACGGAGAGGAGCUCUCCUGGUCCAGAGCCCGAGGCGGCUCCUGAAUCGAGCCCCAAGAUGGACACGGAGGACGACAUGGAGAGUUCCCAGCAGCCUCAGCACCACAGCGCAGAGCUAUGCCAGGCCUCAUCCCUGGAUCCCGCCAGAAGUAUAAAAUCAGAGAACAUACAGGUGGAUGAUGCCAACGGUUGCGAGGGCAGGUCCUCCAGCACCGGGGAGGGAAGCUGCAUGUCAGACCAGCCCAGAGACGAGGGCCCGGGGACGCCCCUGAGAGGCAGCGUGAUCACCAGCGCUCGAGAGCUGCACACAGGCCCGGAAGACGGAGGACAAAUGGUGGGGAACUCUGUUGACUGUUUCCCCGGGAUCGCUGAGAAACAUCUGGCCUCCAUAUACUCUGUGCCCUCCAACCACACGGGGGAGGGGAUGCUGCCAGUGUCCGUUUCAGUGGCCCCGUCCCUGGGCGUGCCGCUGGACCCGAGGGCCUACAGCGGCCUGCUGCACCAGGGCUUGCUGCACAGGGAGCUGCUCAGCAGGCUGGGCCAGUUUGCUGCUGGGAUGAGACACGAGGGCCAGGCUCAAGGCCAGCAGUGUUGUGGCGAGUGCGGGCUUCAGCUGCACAGCAGGCAGGCCAUGGAGCAGCACAGGAGGCUGCAUAAUGAGGAGAAGGGCCACGGCUGUGAAUACUGUGGCAAACACUUCCAGGACAGCAUGCGGCUGCGGAUGCACAUGCUGUCUCAUACAGGGAUGUGCCGUAGGCGGGAAGCGUCUGCUGUAGAGAGAACACCCAGUCCUUCUGUGGCCUCUCAGGCAGACAGUCUGCUCACUGUUCAGAGACUGAUAACAGGGCACGCUCCUGCAGAGGCGCUGGUGUGUGAUCAGUGUGGAGCAACAUUCUCCUCAGAGGAUGCUCUGGAAGCCCACAGGCAAACACACACAGGGACUGACAUGGCGGUGUUCUGUCUGCUGUGUGCAAAGCGCUUCCAGACCCAGAAGGCCCUGCAGCAGCACAUGGAGGUCCAUGCAGGCAUGCACAGCUACAUCUGUAGCCACUGUGAGCGCCCCUUCCCCAGCCACACUACCCUCAAAAGACACUUGCGCUCGCACACAGGCGAUCACCCGUUUGAGUGUGAAUUCUGCGGGAGCUGCUUCAGAGACGACGGCACGCUGAGGGGCCAUAAACGCAUCCACACAGGAGAGAAGCCUUACGAGUGCAACGGCUGCGGGAAGCGGUUCAGCCUCAAGCACCAGCUAGAAACACACUACCGUGUCCAUACAGGUGAGAAGCCAUUCGAGUGUAAGCUGUGUCACCAACGGUCCAGAGACUACUCGGCUAUGAUCAAGCACCUGCGCACUCACAACGGAGCGUCUCCGUACCAGUGCACCAUCUGCCAGGACUUCUGCCCGAGCCUGGCCGCCAUGCAGAAGCACAUGAAGGGCCACAAACCGGAGGACGUGCCGGCGGACUGGAGGAUAGAAAAGACUUACUUGUAUGUCUGUUAUGUCUGAGCAGGACUUGGACCCCACGCACAGUCUGACACACACACGCACAGUCUGACACACACACGCACAGUCACUGCUGGGUGAAAACCUCGUAGCUCCAGUGUUGCUGUUUUUUUCAUGCUGAAAGAUUACAUGUUUCUCUCUGGGUUUAAAAAAAAAAAAACUAAAUCAGACUCUUUUUGGAUAAACUGAAAAACGCAUCGUGGGAAGUUGCCAUUGUGGGAGAUACAAGGUUUUUACCUCACAUCAGAGACAUGCAAGCACGAAUACAAAUGUGUGUACACAUUACACUAGGGCUGCUACUAAUGAUUAACUUCGUCAUCAAUUAGAUUAUUUUUACCACUAAGUGAUAAAUCUUCCCUUCUGAAAAUCGUCGCGGCGACCGCUUCAGAUGACCAGUUUGGUCCGACCAACAGUCCAGUCCAAAGAGAUUCAGUUUAUAAUGAUAUAAAACAGAAAAGCAGCAAAUUCUAGCAUUUUGAGAAGCAAGAGGAAACCAGGAAUAUUUGACAUUUUCACCCCGAAAAACGACUUAAACAGUAACUUGAUCAUCAAACUGCUCGAUUGACGGCUUGCUUCCCGGCGACUUAUUGUUUCAGCCCUAGUGAACACAAACAUACACAGACACACACGCGGUUUCGAUAAUAACUGUAUCUCUAAUGGCUCCGCUGUGGUUGAAAUCAAUGCCACAACGGCUGCGACUGCUGACCUGUGUGUGUAGCAGGAGCUUUUUUUGAUUGACUGCUGAACCAUCAGUCAAACCUGAGUCAUCUUCUAUGAUUGUGCAGUAGAUGUUGAAAAUAAUUCCACGAAGGCUCGAUUGGCUGAACUUUGCGACAUUUUCUCCUAAAUUCCUGUGACUUCUCCGUUUUUUUUGUUUGUUUGUUUUUUUCUGCUGUUGGAUUUUUAUUUUGGAGUUGUUUAUUUUCUGCAUGUUUUACUUGAAUGGCUGCCACGUUUUGACCUCAUAAGCUUGAUCUCUUUAAUUGCCUUGUCUUUCUUGCAGUGGGUGUUAUUGUUUCGAGGUAGCUGGCUUACAAUUUGAGUUUCUCUCGCAAUGUAAUAGGUUUUGCUAUUUAUAUGUUGUUUAUUUGUUACCAAAUAUGUGCUGGUUUUCAUCACACAGUCGGCGUCUCUUGGGAUGAUUUCUAGUAGAGUCAGCUCUACCUCUCCUCACUUUUCACCGUUUGUUUUAAACCUACUGCAAACCAUUCAUCCAGUAGUAGUUUUAAUUUUCUAACAAAGACAUCAUACUUUAAAUGGUCAAACAGUGUGUAAAAAAUGCGAACAGCCGCAACAUGGCUUUUAUGUGUAGUUUUUUAUCAUUAACUAUAUAUAGAUGUCUUAUAAAAAUCACAGAAUCAGAAUUUUCUAAGAGAAAACUGAAGAAAACAUGAAAAGAAGUUGUUGGGUUUUGUUUUUUUUUACUAAACCUGAAAAGAAAAUUCUGACAUUGAAUCACUAUGAGCAGGUUAUUGUCAGUUAUAGUGUAGCUGUAAUGUACAAACUGUCAUGGUAUGUUAUUCCCUUAUGUGAGCCUAACACAGGCCUUAUAGAUUUAAACAUGUUGUAUUUUUGUAUUACAGUAAUUUGCUAUCUGUUUACAUUUGGUAUGAUUUGAGAAACAUCUUUAUGUGUGUGUUUUAUAAGUCUCUGAUUUGAUUAAGAUCCCCCCCUUGUGCCUCUUUUAUAAGUAGAGCAUUGAUGUGCUUGAGUACAUGGGUCUGUGCUAUUGGUAGUUGUUCCUGGGUGUUUGUUUAUUGUUACUUAAUUAAAGAUAGACUGCCAUGUAGAUCCACUUUGUCUGAACAUUGCAACUGGAAGCAACAUACUGUGAUAGUGGCUGAUAAACUGAGACAAGCGUGUACUUCUAACAUCAAAACUUGCUUGGAACUUGCAUCAAAUUGUUCCCUUCAAAGUCACAAUGGGCUGAGAUCUUUGGAUGAAAACAGUGUGUAUAGCAAAACUUGGCGUCUGUGGGCAUUACCAAUGCCUUCUUAAGUAGCCAACAGCACUCAGUGCCAUGAAAACACACAUUCACUGUAUCUAUUCUACAUGAACAUGCACUAUAACUGGAUUUCCUUGGUGGACCAAAAGAAAUAGAGCACUUUUGUUUGAAAAGGGUUUUUUCUUUGAUCUUUCUAUGUUGUGAUAAUGCAGAUGUCCUUUUAUUUGAUGUGUCCUAGAAGGAUGUGAUUAGCAUUGUUUAGAAUAUGUCAAUGUCUGUCUACCUCAGGGCCAGAUCAAAGCUCGAACUGGUAUCCAAUCAGGGUUGUUCUUCUUGCCAUGUGUGCAGUAAAAUCCCUCUUCAUUACAGCUUUGUAACACAGUGUGUGAAAGUGUUUUCUCAGUGUGGAUUCAGGCACAACUCUGUAUGCGUCAGUGUUCGGUGGCAUGGUUAAAAAAAGAAUAAAACAAGUUACUAUUUUAUGCAUCUAGUCUCA